CUCAUUUCUUCCAUAGUUUAAGAAAUAUUUUUAUUCUAAACGGAACAAUAUUUUGAUACAUAUAUUCAAGUUAUAUUAUGGCCAACUUAAGGUGUAUAUUUAUAUUUGGAGUGCUAUUUUUGGUUUGUAACAAUACAGUAACAUGUGACAAUGUACCAGAAACCUAUAAGGUCUACGAGAUCAGAGAAACGGAGACGAAAGGAUUUCAAGUAGACAACUUCACUGAAAGCAGUAACUGUUCCUUGACGUCUGCUACACCACCGGGAGUAAGGACGUGUUUUCGGUUAUCCAAGGUCGGAGAAUUGACGCUAACUCAAGAACUUGACCUUGAGGGGUUUUCGGUUAGCACCACGACUCUACAACUAAAUGUGACAUGUAUCUCCCUGAGAUAUCUGCUCAACAUAACGGUUGUUCCAGUGAACGAAUUCAAACCAACAUUUCUUCAUGCCCCGUUUGCUGUGAAUGUUACUGAGAACAAUAUGGUGGGUGAUGAGGUGUUCCGAUUGUGUGGCCGCGUGAAGGACAUGGACUACGGAAUACAAGGAAUUGUUAAAGAAUUCAGAUCCUGGCCACACUUGAUACAACUGUUAGACGGUCGAGAGUUUUUCAAUGUGGACUCGACUACAGGGGCGGUCACGUGUCGACGAGUCUUCGAUUACGAGAGUUUGCAAAGGAACUCAUUUUUACUGAAUGUCUCCGCAAAAGACGAUGGUGGCCUCUCCGAGUACACCACCAUGAACAUCACCGUUAUUGACAUGGACGACACGCCACCUUCGUUUACGUUACCCCAGUGUGAGGGUGGACGGAUAUGUAAGGUGGACAGAUACAACGCCACCAUCGACGUACAUUUCACAGGCCGCCUAGAUAUAAAACCCGGGCCAGUUUUUGCACGAGAUGGUGACAUCACUUUUAACAAUGAGGUCACAUAUGCGCUUACUUCAGAUGUUGUCUUUGAUAACCUUCAACUGGACAGUGUCCUUGGAAACGUCAGCGUCACAGAGCCGUUCCUUAACGCAACCAACCUCACUUACUUCACUGACGGACUUUACGUCAUUGACUUAAACGUCACGGCUACAGAAGUAUCUUCAAUCAAACAACAAACAACGGCGGUCCUGUCUUUAUUGAUUUAUCUUGAAUACCCGACGUCACUACCGCCGACGUCAGAAAUUCCAAACAUGUCAUCCUCAAACGUGACAGUUACAGAACCAAUCGAAGACGCAAACAACCAACCAGUUUUCUUCAUCGAAAUAAUUGUUCCCGUUGUCAUUGUUGUGGUAUCUGUAAUAAUUUUGAUAAUAGUGUUUGUUCGACGUCGACGUCAGAAAACGUUAGAAUCGGUAUAUGACGUCAAAAAAAAGGAACGUAACCGAGCGUCUUUGGCGCAUUCUUCUGACUUCAAGAUAGAAUCAAUAUCUAAAUCGCCUAUUAAUCCUUACGAAAUGAUCAGCGUCUACGCUAAGCUCUCACCGCCAACGUUUUCGGGUAACGUAGAAGACAACGCUUACGAGCACCUGGCGUCUUCGAAAAUAUCUUCAUAUACGUUAAGCACAACUGAUCAUUUGAAAGACGUCCACGUAAGUUCAGCACUAAAUGACCUCAAUGCCGACGUAGCUGUAGACGCUCAAGACCGUCUCUACGCGAAGGUUGAUAAACGUAAACAACGCAAGAGAGCCGUGGUAAACGUUGACGCGAAAACAGACGCUGAGGUUGACGGCGAGAAAGAAGAAAGGAGGUCAAGCACUUCAUCCGAAAACAAUGAUGUUCCUUUUAAAGAGUGUGAUCAACCUUACGGGAUCGACGUCAGCGGUGCUAAUGCGUACAAUAAAGCGGAACCGGGAAGUGGUUUUACGUUGAAGUCUCAUGAACAGAUGGAUAAGAACGGAGAUGACAUCAUUGAAUAUUGCGAUAAUGGAGACGAAUCGCGCUAUUCCAUGGCUGAAAUUGAAGGGAUAUAUUAAUGAAUGUGUAUUAGUUUCAUGAAUAGGAUACGGACAUUUUAUUACAACGCAACACAUGUAUACAAUGGUAGUUAUAUUUAUGAAACUAAAGUGAUGUGCAAACUGUCAUUGUUUGGCUGAAAUGGAGUAUAAAUGGAUAUGUGUCUGUAUAUAAUGGAUAUGUGUCUGUAUAUAAUGGAUAUGUGUCUGUAUAUAAGUAAAGGUUAUUGUAUAUUUGGAGGUCUUCAUAGAGUUCAAAUGUCCAAGCCUAGCACAUCUAUAGGAACGUUUAGUUUUCAUAAAGAAUUCCGAAUAAACAAUAAGGUGCAUGAUAAGUAUCAUGUUUUUACUGAUAAGGGGAAUGUUUUCGGCCCUAUCGCUGAAAUACGUACGCGCAAGAAACUGAAACAAUAUGAAUACAUACAGAUACAAUGUUUUAAGCAAUCAACAUGUCUAGUAAUUUACAUAAUGUUUUCCUUUUUGUUUAUGUAGCUGAAUCUUAUUGUCAUUGAAAUAACUUUUGAUUUA